UGUUGCUCUUAUAGCUGAAUCAAAUAGUGGUUAUGUUCAUUAAUUAAUCUGUUCAUUAAUAACACAUGAAGAGAAUAAAGUUCAGGGUUCAUGACCACCUGACACGCGCCCCGGUUGUUUACGGUUUUCUCGGUCCACAGCAGUGGCCGAAGCCAUCACCCCGUCCUCUCCUCCCAUUGGCCGUCCUCAUGUUGCCUCGUUGUGAUUGGUCCAAAGGCAGUGCAUUCCCUGGCCAUGUGUGCCGCAUGAACCCCCGAGGCCGUGUUAUUUUGGUCAACCUACAAUGGUCUCAAUAUCGUAAACUCAGUGGUUUGCACAGAUAUACACUUAAUUUAAACCAGCUAGAAUGUUGUAUUUAUUUACAUAUCAGACAUACACAUGAGUAGCAUAAAUAUUAGUUAAUGUAACUCCAAUUUACUGCAAUGUACUGUUCUACUGCUAGACAAGCAGCUGUAGGUAUAUUAGAGUCGUUACGGUAACAGAGCUGCUGCUCCUCAGCUGAAGUCUAUUACAGUUAUUACGGUGGCGCUGCUCCUCAGCUGAUGGGAGAUAUAAAAGCCACCAGUCCCUUAUAGUGCGUUAUUUCAUGAAGGCGUUGGAUGGACCAUGGAUCGGCAAGACGUCCACCUAGAGACCUGUUCUCUCAAACAGAACCCGCUGAGGAAGAUCUGGACUCCGUGUAAGAACGGAUUGACUGAAGCGCCUAUAUUUCAGAGAAGGGUAGGCAUGACCAACUGCCCGACCCUCAUCGUGACCGUGGGACUCCCGGCGCGAGGGAAGACCUACAUCUCAAAGAAGUUAACCCGCUACCUCAACUGGAUCGGUGUGCCCACCAAAGAGUUCAACGUGGGCCAAUACAGGAGAGACUUCCUGAAGAUCUACAAAUCCUUUGAGUUCUUCCGCACAGACAACGAGGAAGGACUGAAGAUCCGGCGUCAGUGUGCGCUGUCAGCACUGAGCGAUGUCCAUCAGUACCUCACUGGAGGAGGGGGGCAGGUGGCCGUGUUCGACGCCACGAACACGACGCGCGAGCGGAGGGCAACCAUCGUCCGCUUCGCUGAGCAGAACGGCUUCAAAGUGUUCUUCGUGGAGUCGGUCUGUGAGGACCCAGAGGUCAUCGCAGCAAACAUCGUGCAGGUGAAGUUGGGGAGCCCCGAUUACAUCAACUGCAACACAGAAGAAGCAGUGGAGGACUUCAUGAAGAGGAUAGAGUGUUACAAGACGUCCUACCAGCCUCUGGACGAGGUUCUGGACAGGGAGCUGUCCUACAUCAAGGUCAUGGACGUGGGUCUGCGUUUCCUGGUGAACCGGGUCUUGGACCACAUCCAGAGCCGGAUCGUCUACUACCUGAUGAACAUCCACAUCACGCCGCGAUCCAUCUACCUCUGUCGGCAUGGCGAGAGCGACCUCAACAUCCAGGGACGCAUCGGCGGCGACUCUGGCCUGUCCGACCGCGGCAGAGACUUUGGUCAGGGCUUGAGGAAGUUCAUUGAGGAGCAGCAGAUCAAGGAGCUGAAGGUGUGGACCAGCCAGAUGAAGAGGACCAUCCAGACCGCAGAGGUCCUGGGAGUUCCUUACGAACAGUGGAAGGCUCUCAACGAGAUAGACGCCGGCGUCUGUGAGGAGAUGAUGUACGAGGAGAUCCAGGACAGCUUUCCACUCGAGUUCGCAAUGAGGGAUCAGGACAAAUACCGCUACCGCUACCCCAAGGGGGAGUCCUAUGAGGACCUGGUCCAGCGGCUGGAGCCGGUCAUCAUGGAGCUGGAGAGGCAGGAGAACGUCCUGGUCGUCUGCCAUCAGGCCGUGAUGCGCUGCCUGCUGGCCUACUUCCUGGACAAGGGAGCAGAGGAGUUGCCGUACCUGAAGUGUCCUUUACACACGGUGUUGAAGCUAACGCCUGUAGCCUAUGGCUGUAAGGUGGAGUCGGUGUGUCUCCAGGUGGAGGCAGUGAACACACACAGGACCCGACCCGAGUAUCGUGUCGGAGAUACAUCUUCUGCCUUUGUUACUGGAUGGAUGAACCUUUCCAGUUAUCUAUGAACGUAAACGCUCAGCGCAGCACUGAGGAGGCUCUUCAAACGGUCCCGGACCACUUCUAACCCCCACGAGGACCUCCUGACUCCACAAGGACCUCUGGACUCCACGAGGACCUUCUGGACCGACGAAGACCUGACCUCCUGGCCCCACGAGGACCUCUGGACCCACCCCGUAAACAACAGCACCUUCCUUAGGGAGGCCACACCUGGUGGAAGCCCUUAAACUACGACACCUUCCUUAGGGAGGCCACACCUGGUGGAAGCCCUUAAACUACGACACCUUCCUUAGGGAGGCCACACCUGGUGGAAGCCCUUAAACUACGGCAACUUCCACAACCCCCACACUAAACCAUCUGGGACCAAGUUGGAGGUCAUUGGAAGCCGUAGUCUUCAUGCUAUUGGCCCGACUGGACUCCAUGAACCUCCUGUGUCGCAUUAGGAAAACCUUUUUGGGUAAAACAUUCCAAAACGUCUAAAUUCGUCAUUUUGGAAAUUGCACAAUAGCCUGUUCUGAAAUUGUAAAUAUAAUAUUUCAGUGAUAAAUCAAUGUGCCAAAGAAGUGAUAUUUUAGGUUGUCUAACGUAACGUGUGUAUUGUAUAUAUAUAUUUGGGAAUAUUAAAAGUGCGCCAUUCUUUUUUUAAAUGCAGGCUUAUUUCAAGUGUUUUCCAGGUUCCCUAGAGUAAAGUACAGCUAGUUGAUCAGCUAACUCCUUGUCACAGCUAACCCCUUGUCACAGCUAACCUAACCCAUAACAGCUAACACUUUGAAACAGCUAACCUAACCCUGAUCAGCUAACCCCUUGAAAACAAUUAACCCGUCACAGCUAACUUAACUCUUUGAAACACUUAACCCCUGGUAACAGCUAACCUCUUGUAGUAGCUAGUUGGCCUGAGUUUCAUCUGGUUGUAUAUGAAGCCUCAUUAAUGAAGCAUACUAACAGGGCCAGUGGGGAGGAUGAGGACAAAGGAGGGGAGGGGUGCAGAUAUGAGAAGAUAGAGGAAUAAGGAGAGGAGAUGAGGAUGUGAGAGGAGUCGAGGCGUCAGCCGACCCCAGUGUCUGAGUGAGUGGGAUUCAAAAGCUGUAAAACAAUUGUCCUCGGUGCAUCCUUUUUUGUUCUAAAAAUGGAAAUGUUGGCACGACAACGUUAAGCGCCCUGAUGUUAUUUAAUUAGGGUGGGGGAAAAUGCAACAUCAGCUACAACGUUAAAUAACCUUGCCUUGUGAGCUAUGGCCUCUAGUUUUACAUCUGAAAUAACCAAAUACAAUUCAUCACCGAACAUCAUCACCGUUGCAACUCUAUGCAGUCAUAGACUAUCAAAACCUUUUGGACACCCUGUACAGACACCUCACACAAUACAGUCCACCUCACACAACACAGGCCAGUACAGGACCCCUCACAAAAUACAGGCCAGUACAGACACCUCAAAAAGCACAGGACACCAUAGUGGUUGGAUAGAAGGGGUGAGGAGGUAUUCAGUUUGCAGCGUGCUGUCUCAGAUGGUUCCUUUCUGACCUCUUUAUGUUAGACUGCGUGUCUUUAGGUCUCACCGAACCAUUUGAUAAUGCAAAAGCUGAAAAAAAUUGAGAAACAACCAAAAUACAAACAUGAUAAUGCUGUUUAUUCACUGUUGAAUUGUUUCAGUCUCCUAUAGGGUCGUCUGUUCCAAGUCAAGAACACUUUGCAACGAAUGAUUUCCCUUUAUUCAAAAGGUUCGCCAUAGCAAAUAAAUGCCUUUCAUAUAAAAUAAAAUAAGUUUUAA